ACAUUUGAGGGACGAUGGUGAAUAAAUAUUCAUUAAAAGUAAAGCAAAAUUAGUUUGGAGUCCACAUUCAUUGUUUGUAUCAAUUACUCCACCUUAGCGUAUUCACUGUCAAACAAGUUCAUAGGGCUGCGUAUUAUGUUGGCUAUUGUUUAUAAACAGGAUCGGUUUGCUCUAUAUAAAUGCGAGGCCACACGCCUCUCACGUGUGAGAGUAUGUUGCGCGAAGCGGUGAGAUGAUUGUUGUGGGUGAUGGAAGACCAUGAAAGAUUUUAUGAGGGAUGCAACCGCGAAGGACCCUUACGAUGUAUAUUUCUGUGUGAAUUCCAUCAUGUGGCAGGACCUAAAAUAGCGUGCCAAGUCCCUGAAAAUUAUAUUUCUAAGGACUUUUUUGAUGCAGUGAGUGUCUACAUAAUACCAAAGGCACAACUCCAAAGAAGUACCAUUACAGUUGUAUUGUAUGAUUUGAAGGUGCUUGGCUUUCCAGUUCGAAUUGACAACAAAAAAUAUGCCAGAAAUGCUUACCAUUACAACUUGUGCUUUGUAUGUGAUGCAUGGGCCCGCACUGUCCAAUAUGAACCUGUUGUUAAGAAGCUAGCAGAUUACUUGAUGGCCAUGGAAGUUGAAAAUCAUUUUCUGUCCAAAUAUAAUCAGAAAGCAGGGGAUCAUGGAAGGCUUGUGCGAAUGUUGAGACAGAUUCUCCAUGAUCUGAAUACUCAUCGAAUGUGCACGUUGACUGAGGGUACCACAACAACACACCUUAAAGUGAUUCGCAUAUCUCAUGAUCCUGAACCUGUAGAAGAUCAUCAUGUCCCAAUAUUCAUUCAAGAUCAGAACACGUUCCGUUCAGAGCAAUGGGACCUCACUACAAACCAAGUCCUUCCAUACAUUGACGGGUUUAAUCAUGUUGCUAAAAUUGCAGCUGAAGCAGAUGUGGAGAACAAUCUUGUUAAGGCAUGUGUUCAAAAUUUGGUAUAUUAUGGUGUUGUUACAUUAGUACCAAUAUUCCAGUAUUCAAAUGUCUAUGCAGCAACACCAAAAUUGAAGUUAUUGGCUGAAGAUGCAGAUCUUCAGGAAAGAUGCCUCAAGUUUGUAUCACGAUCAGUAAGGCAGCUGCCACUCUUCAGAGAUGUCUUUAGGAUGUAUGCAGGUAUGAAUGUGGGGACAACCAUUAGAGACUUGUGCAUUCGCUUCGGCCCACAUCCUCGCCAAAUAAAUGAGAGGAAGCUUGUCCAAUUCGGAGUCCUGGAAGGUCUUAUCAGAAGAAUACACAAGUUUCCAGUGCACAUUUUGGCAUCAGAGUGUUCAAGUUCUGCCUCCAGUUUAUCACAGACUCGAUCCCAGCAAUACCAGCCAUAUCAACAACGGCAAGAGGAGCGACCUCAGCACAUUCCAAUGGUAUUCACUGGUGUCUCGUGUGAAGAUGAGAUCUGUUGUUCUCUAGGCAUUAGCACCCUGCAGCUGGAAGAAGAACUUGAUCAGGAUCCAGGGAUUGCAGUCAUUUGGAAGUAAACUUGGAAUCCUAAGAAGCUAUGAAAGUUUUGUGUUUAAGAAUUUAUUUCGAGUCUGUGCCAACAGUUGUUAAACAGCUUACACAGAUGUUGAGCCACAGUCUUUAGUUCUUCAGGCUAUCGUGAAAUCCAGUUUUUGUUGAUAAUUAUUUCCUCUUUGUUGCUUGCUUCUGUGGUAGUACUGUUACCACAGAAAGAUCAUACUGACAUCAAAUUUGUACAUGAGAACAAUGAUUGCAAUAAUUAGAACGUAAAUGUUGGAGAACUGAGGACAUUAAUUGUUGAGGUGUAUACUUGGUUGGCCAUCUCAUGUCAGUACACUAACUCCAAAAAAUUUGGCACAUUCAGCUGUUGAGUUAGAUGCUUCUAUGAAGAUUACUAACUGUUUACUGGAUGAAAUUAAUAUUACUAAUGUGUGUGGCACAAAUGAGAGCUGUCUUGAGUCAGUUGUUAUGUAUGGCAGCAAGCAAAUUUCAGAAACUGAAAGGACUGAUUUUUAUGGCAGUUAUCAAGGGUUUUUUUCCCCUUAAGACAGAGGGAAUAUUACAAGACAUGUGUGACACUAUUAUUGUUCAUAUGACAUAGUAGCAUUAAAAAUGAUAAAUUAUUCAAAAGAUGAGAAAUCUGGAAAAAAUAAUUAUUUACAAUAUGUUAUAAUAAAGUAGCAAGAUAAAAGUUUCAGUGAAGGAUCACAACGUAUUUUGCUGUUGUCUUUGAUCACUGUUGAUGACUGUCAUCUGACUUUUUGCCUUGCAGCUGUGUGUGCAGCAUUGUAUUAUGUAACCGGUUUUGUUUACAGAGAAUUCAUAUAGCCUCCUUUGACAAGGGAGGGUCAGCUCUGUAUCAUAUUGUAGUUACUUUACAGAUCAAUGAUUAGCUUGCAACAGAAGGUGACAAUUUCUUAACUCGCUAAUGGUUGGAACUAGUAAUAUGACAUACUACAUUAAAAGAUUCAUCUUCACUUACUACUAUAUAUAAAUUUUAUUUGUGAUUAUGUUGCCUUCCACUUUGUCAUAUGUUUAUUUGAUUUUACAUUGAAAGUAGCAUAUGCAUUGAGACUGAUCUUUUCUUUAAAUGGUCAAUUACACUUGGGAGUGCAACACAACAGCUAUUUACAUAAAUAACUGACAAGACCUUGACCAAGAAUUUUAAUUUAAUUUUAAGUUAACAAUAAUCAGUCAAUUCAGUAGACAUAAUUGGAAAUGAGCACAUUUUUCAAACUUGUGUAAUUUUGAAUUGCCCAUCUGUGACAAAACAUGUCUUUAUCGUAAUAUUUGCUUGUUUGCCAUCCCAGGAUGGAUGUUACAGGUGUAAGUAAUAAGCAAUUUUAUCAAAUCAAAAAGCCUUGAAUAUUGUUGUUCUCUAAUAGUGUGAGGCAUUUUCAGUUAUAUUUUUAAUUACUUGUAAAUAUGUGAAUGGAAUGGUGGAGCAUAAAUUUGAGCUGGAAAAAAAGUUGUAAAUGCAGUUAAUGACAAAGUUAUCACUAGAUGUGUGAUAGGUUCUAAAUAAUGACAUUUGGCUGCAAUAUUCAAGGACCAGAUCAUUUUCACGAUAUGAUGAUGUUUUUAUGGGGUGUUAUCUGGAGGAGGUUCCAGAUUUUUAAACAUAUGUGCAAUAUUUUCGUGAGUAGCAAUUUAAUAAAUGAUGUAUCUCUGAGCAUAGUUUUAUGGCUUAGAUUAUGUGUAUGCUUUCAUCAUCAUUUGUGACUGGUUUAUUUAGUCAUUACUGAUGCCACACAGCACUGUUUUUAUUGUUUCUACUCUGUCUAAUGAUACAGUAGAAGAUACUAAAAAACUAACCUUAUAAGUUAAAUGAAUUGUAUUUCACAUUUAGGUGGAAUUAUAAAUACUUCUAUGUGCUUUAAACAGAAGCAUCUUGGAAAAACUGUUACCGAAAAAUGCUAUCUUGCAAUGUACAAAUAAUAUUCCAUUAGAGUACAAAUAAUUAUAUAUUGAGCUAGUCAUGUUCUUAUUUCUGUUGAAGGUGUAUUUAGAGAGGCAUCACAAGAAAACUGAUGUUAGUAAUGCUUGUCUUAGAUACUUUGCUGUGGCUGUUCGCAUAUGCCACACAAGCUCAGAAAUCUUUGAGUGAAAGUUAGUAUGAGAAGAAAGAAAUUUUGAGUCAGUGUAAUAUAUAUUUUACAAAUAGAUAUAAUCAAUCUCAGUGAAUAUUUUCAUAAACUAUAUUUUAUAUGAUACAAAUUCUUUACUACAUGUACAUAUUUUUGUUGCAUACUGUAUUCAUGUUAUAUGUUAAACAAUAUGUUGUUUACCUACCACAUAAACAACAUUGAAUUAUUGUGAGAGGAGGAUGGCUUUAAAUAUUAGUGACAUUAAAAUACAAUUACCAUGUAAAUAAAUAAAUACUGCUAGACCCAUUAAUUCAUCAAAUGUUUUAUGAAAGAAAAUGGAAUCUGCUGAAUGUCUUACCUUCAGCAAUUUUGUUCCUGGAUAACUAUUCAUUAAGCUUUGACUUGUAUACUUUCAUACUCAUUUAACUGGUUUUUCAUGUUUGUUUUGAAAGAUUUUAAAAGUUGGACAGAGGUAUUUUCAUCCAAACAGUUUUAAUGCAGAAUGAGGAUAAUAAGAAAAUAUGGGUAACCAUCAACAUCUCAAGAUGGAGUCUGCACCCAAUAAAGAGAUUGCAGAAACAGGGUAGUUACUCUCUUUUACAUUUCAUAUUAGCAACUACCUCCACGAGUGUUCUCCCAUGACUACCAUAGCGGUUACAAUGCGUGGUUUCUGCUUCCACAUUAUUACAUUUCCAGUGCAGUUUGUGGUGAUUUUUAUUCAUCUUCUACAGGCACUAAAGCAGGAGCUGCUGACGAAAAUAGAUCUUCAGCUUUAGAACCUAGUCCCAGUUAUUUCUGCCCUAUUGGUGACUGACAAGAAAGUGUUUUAUUUUUGUCAGUAAAUGAAAACAUUCAGUACAGAACAACUUAAAGUGCAUAUAUUUUUCAAGGUUGUUUUUUUUUUUUUUUUUUUUUUUUUUUGAAAACAUAGAUGGACUAAAUCUAAAAUAAAGAGACAAAACGAUUUAAAACUGAAACAUAAAGAUUGCACAAUGAACUAUUAGCAGAAACUGAAAACACGGACCAAAAAAGAACUGCUACAGCUACCAACAAACCUCUCACAUGAGAAAUUUCAUCAUUUGUUAAUUAUUAUAUCCCAGUUUACUAUAAAACUUCUUAAUUUUUGUGGGUAUUAUCACAACAGCAAGGUGUAUUGUGAAAUAUAUGUUUUGAAUAUCAAAUGGUCAACCUUUAAAUUUUACGAAAUAGAUCAAGUUUGUAAACCUUUCAAGUUACGCUUUCUUGUAAACUAGUAGGUAAAAAAAAUCGUGAUAUCUACUAGUAGUUACAAAACAUUUUACUCAAAAAUGUGCAUAUUUUGCCAUUUUCAUAAUUCAUCGAUGUGUCCAGUUACCUUAUUAAAUUACAUGAAGGAUAAUGCAGAGUGUGCAGUAUUGGCAAAACUUUUUUACUGGGCAGCUUGUUCAUUACGUGUCUAGUUCUAACUUCAAAAUUUCAUAUUUCAUUUACAACUGUCUUAGAUGAGAAAGACUUAAGAGUGUUAAAAAUAAUUUACAAUCGUAGCUGAAAAGAAAUUUUUCUUAAUGGCUUUUAAAUGUACAGUACAUGUUGAGAUUUUUUAAUCUACACAGGGGAUGAGCUUUAAUUAUUGUUGAAAUAAUGUUUGUGUUUACUAAUCAUAGUUAAUAUUUUCAUGUUAUUACAAUAAUAUUGUGUUGUUACCAGUUAUGUUAGCAAUAUCAUCUAUUUUGGAAUAUUUUUAUCAUGUUUGCUCAAUUUUUGUGUACCAUAUGUUUUGUAUUCUAAAUCAGUCAUUGGCCAUAAGAGAAUGUGUUUUGUUUGCUGCUGUUGCAAAUAGAGCUUCAUACUCCAAAAUUUGCAUUUAAAACAAUGUCAAGUCUGAACAAAUAAACUGAAUAAACUAUCUUACACUUGUA